UGUGAGCGUGUGGCGAUGUCCGCAAAUAGUAAGUGGGUGAAACACGUUGAGGAGAACCAUCAGAGUCUCUGCGGACACUAAACCAGGUUAGUUUAACCCGGUUUAAAGCCGCUCAGAACCAGAAAGCUGCUCUUUCACCGACAGGAGGGAAGCUAACGGCGGCUAACGGCUAAAAGCGGCAGUUUGCUGUUAAACCAGCAGGAACUGAAGAGGAUGGGGGACAUUGUGGAGGACCAGGCCAGCUUUUAUUCCAACGCAGAAGACUACUGGAAGGAGGUGGCCCCCACCGUGGACGGGAUGCUGGGAGGAUACGGCAGCAUCUCCAGCAUCGACAUCAACGGAUCCAAGGCUUUCCUGAAGAAAUUCCUCGGGGAAGGCGAAGGGAAGACGGGGAAAGGCUGCGCUCUGGAUUGUGGAGCGGGAAUCGGCAGGAUCACCAAGCGGCUGCUGCUGCCUCUGUUCAGAACCGUGGACCUGGUAGACGUCACCAAGGAGUUCCUGGAUAAAGCCAGGUCCUACCUGGGGGACGAUGGGAAGAGGGUGGGGAACUACUUCUGCUGUGGCCUGCAGGAGUUUGUGCCGGAGGUGGGGCGGUAUGACGUCAUCUGGAUCCAGUGGGUCAUCGGUCACCUGACAGACGACCACCUGGUGGACUUCCUGCAGCGCUGCCAGAAAGCCCUUCGGCCCAACGGACUCAUCAUCAUCAAAGACAACGUGUCGUACGAAGGCGUUGUCCCCGACGAGGUGGACAGCAGCGUGUGCAGAGACCUGGACAUCGUCCGGCGCCUGGUGGGCCAGGCGGGCCUCCGGAUCGUCCACGAGGAGCAGCAGCUCAACUUCCCCAAAGAGAUCUACCAGGUCCACACUCUGGCCCUCAGAUAGGAGGGCGGCGCCGGUUCCACCGAGCCGUGACGGGUCUUCAUCUCAGACUGCCGGGAAAGCAGAGCGGCCACAGCAGCUGCCGAUCUGAGGUCUGUUCCACCGAGCAGCGAGGAGACAUCGCCACAGCAACAGAUGCUUGAAACGGAACCGCCUUCGGCUCAGUUCCAGUUUUGAGGAAACGGUUCCUGGAUUUGAUGUAAAAUACUUUUAAUGAUAGAGACAAUUUUUUUCUCCAGAAAGUUUUUUAUUAAAACGAAUUUUCAGAAAAAGAUUCAUGAGUUUGGAUCCGAUAUUCACUUCAAAUGUUCCUGCACCAAAGAUGAGAAAUCCCAAACCGGAUCAACCUGCUGCUUUCAUCUGGUCCAGAUCCAGAACCGGGAACGCUCACUGG